GCACUGAAUGCUGAGACCAGCAAUGUGUUACAAUGCAGGUCUAAUCAUAGUCUUGCAAUCCACAGAUGCCAAUUCUACAGAAUUUGAGCCCAAAACUACUCAUCCUGUGGUAAUAGACAUGCCAGAACAUAAUCCUGGUCAAAUGGGUGGAACUAUGAGGCUUGGCAAGCGGAGAACAGUCUUCCAAACCAAAAACUCAGUUAUGAGAAAACUGUACGGAGAUAGUGACCAUAUAGAAGAGAGGCACCGCCACCGAUUUGAGGUAAAUCCAGAAUUAAAAAAUGCAUUUGAAGAAAAAGGUAUGAAGUUUGUUGGCCAGGAUGUUGAAGGAGAGCGAAUGGAAAUAGUUGAGCUGGAAGGUGAGCCCUUGGGUCGGUAGUAGGAAUAGUGGUAUAAUUAUUGGGGGAAAGAUCUUGUUAGAUGUCUUUUAGAUUUAAUUUGCUGGUGACCCUUCAUUCCACCUUUGGGAGAGAAAAUAAGUGCCACCUGGGUGUUAGACAAUAGUAGAAUUCUGAAAAAUCACACUAUAUGAGACUGAGUUUUAAAUUGAAGAAAUGUUUUUGCCAACAGUUUCAAGAACUUGAUCAGGAAGGCUUUAAACUGAGU